AUGACAGAUAUGCUGAAUUAUAUAUACCCCAUCACUAAACCUCGACCCAUAGACAAUGAACAUGGAGUAACAUUAAACAACGAUCAAUCACAUGGGCUGGCUGUUUACAAGCUGGUGGUUGCAGAUUCGAGUGACUUUGACGCAUUGCCGUCCAUUUGCCAAGUGACUUAUCCUGAUCCAAACAAUCUUCUUCGAUUUAUAUUGACUAUAGCACCUGAUGAUGGUUACUAUAGAGGUGGUUCCUUCAAAUUUUCAUUCGAUAUUGGACAAAAUUAUCCGUAUGAACCACCUAAAGUUAAAUGUACACAAAAGAUCUAUCAUCCAAAUAUUGAUCUUGAGGGCAAUGUUUGUUUGAAUAUUUUGAGAGAAGACUGGACUCCAGUAUUAAACCUCACAUCGAUUAUUUUCGGUAUUAUUUUUCUUUUCGCGAGCCCAAAUCCAAGUGAUCCUCUAAACAAAGAAGCAGCCAAAGUUCUCAAUUCGAAUGCAAAAACAUUUACAACUAAUGCUCGACAAACGAUGGCAGGUGGAACCAUCAAUGGAGUGCAGUACGAUCGUGUACUCAUUUGA